UGGAGCGGGGAGGGGGAGUUCGAUGGAAAUAGGCGAUUGAAAUGUUCCAUCGAGGAUGGCGGCCCCCGGCUCGCGACCUGUGGCUGCGGCGCGGCUGCCCCGGCAGCAGCCCAGAGGUGGCACGGGGGUUCGGUUCCAGCAUGCAGGACGUGGUUUUCAGCUGUGCGUUGCCCGCACUUUAGCAACCGGUCCGCCGCGGUUCCUUGUGUGCCUGCCUCGCUCACGCUCGUGUUUCCAAGUCCGAUCUCGUGUCGUCCCCAGCGCCCACAGGCAUCUGUGGUCGCGGGUCCUCAGCCGGCGAGACUUUGCCCUUUGUUUUGUUCCGUGACACUUUCGAGUUGGUGAAGCGUGUGGCAUUUGAUGGCGGUGUCUGAGCAGGGGCUGGCUUUCUGUGUGUGUGUGUGUGUGUGUUUUGCAUGAUCUUGGAUUGUCCCCCUGCUGUGUCUCAACAUUAAAAAGCCUGUCUUUUCGUUGAAGAGGACGGGGGUUAAAAUGAAUGAAGACCUGAAGGUCAAUUUAAGCGGGCUGCCUCGGGAUUAUUUAGAUGCUGGCGCUGCGGAGAACGUCUCGGCUGCCGUCUCCUCCCAGGUUCCUGUUGUCGAGCCGGAGCCAGAGCUGGUUGUCAACCCUUGGGACAUUGUCUUGUGUACCUCAGGAACCCUCAUCUCCUGUGAAAAUGCCAUUGUGGUCCUUAUCAUCUUCCAUAACCCCAGCCUGCGAGCACCCAUGUUCCUGCUCAUAGGCAGCCUGGCUCUGGCAGACUUACUGGCCGGCGUCGGACUCAUCAUCAAUUUUGUUUUUGCCUACCUGCUUCAGUCAGAAGCCACCAAGCUGGUCACAAUCGGGCUCAUUGUCGCCUCUUUCUCUGCCUCUGUCUGCAGCUUGCUGGCUAUCACUGUUGACCGCUACCUUUCCCUGUAUUACGCGCUGACGUACCACUCGGAGAGGACGGUCACGUUCACCUAUGUCAUGCUCGUCAUGCUCUGGGGGACCUCCAUCUGCCUGGGACUGCUGCCCGUCAUGGGCUGGAACUGCCUCAGAGACGAGUCCACCUGCAGCGUGGUCAGACCUCUCACCAAGAACAACGCGGCCAUCCUCUCCGUCUCCUUCCUCUUCAUGUUCGCGCUCAUGCUUCAGCUCUAUAUCCAGAUCUGCAAGAUCGUGAUGCGGCACGCCCAUCAGAUCGCCCUGCAGCAUCACUUCCUGGCCACCUCCCACUACGUGACCACCCGGAAAGGCGUCUCCACCCUGGCCAUCAUUCUGGGGACCUUCGCUGCUUGCUGGAUGCCUUUCACGCUCUACUCCUUGAUAGCUGAUUACACCUACCCCUCCAUGUACACCUAUGCCACCCUCCUGCCGGCCACCUACAACUCCAUCAUCAACCCUGUCAUAUAUGCUUUCAGAAACCAAGAGAUCCAGAAAGCCCUCUGUCUCAUUUGCUGCGGCUGCAUCCCGUCCAGUCUCUCCCAGAGAGCGCGGUCCCCCAGCGACGUGUAGCAGCCUCCCCCUCAGGGGACACACGGCGCACUAAAGUCUGCAUUUACCAAGCACUUUCACUGCCCGGCCCAGUGGUUGAGAUCCUGUCCUUAACUUCUUUCGACCGGAUUUUUCUCUCCAGCCGCAGGAGC